AUGCAUUUUAUUUCCAACGAGGGCUCCUCUCUCUCUCUUUGCGAUUUCAUCGAUGACCCAACUAGGCUUGAAAUAUGCUUCUCUGAAGAGACGGAGAGACUCGGAUGCUCUCGACAAGUGCCUUUAAUAGACGACCCUCAAGUCUCGCUUCUUAAGGACUUAGCCUUAUUUAUUUCAAAUUUAAAAUACGCGGAAAGACUUGGUUUCGUCACGAAUCGGCACCAACUGACAAUCCUUAAUGCAAGUCGAGAGUUUGCUGCAACUUAUGCUUGCAUGGCUACUAACGGACUGCAGGCAAAUGCCACUCGAGAAAUACGUCUGGAUCUCACUUGUGAGUUACGUGUACAUCUAAUUUCAGAAUAUGCCAUAUCAUUCCCGGUCGAGAUAAAAAUGGCUAAUCGUCGCAUCGGCCAAUACAUCGGCGGUGUCACUAUGGUGCAGGCGUUCGUAUUCGGCUACCCUUUGGAGCGGAUCUACUGGGAAUUUAAUAACCAGAUGGUGAACAGUGCCUAUGGACCCUGUAUUUUGAUGACGCUCAGUUCGAAAUACUGCGUGGAAAGUUGGUUCUUGUAA